AUGGCACCUAAUCGCGUUUAUGAAGCAUGGAAAGGAAGUAAUAAAUUCCUGUUUGGAGGAAGGUUGAUAUUUGGGCCUGACGCUAAGUCAUUGCUUAUCAGUUUGGUGCUGGUCAUAGUUCCAGUUAUCAUCUUUUGCAUAUUUGUAGCAAGACAUCUUCGGCAUGGAUUUUCUUCAUAUAAUGCAGGAUAUGCUAUUUUGGUGGUGGCAGUUAUCUUCAAUAUUUAUGUGUUGAUACUUCUCUUUCUUACUUCUGCACGCGAUCCGGGCAUUAUUCCAAGGAAUUUACAUCCGCCUGAGGAAGAUUUCCGUUAUGACUCGUCGUCAGUUUCUAUUGACAUCGGGGGGCGGCAAACACCAAGCCUUCAGUUCCCUCGAACAAAGGAGGUAAUGGUCAAUGGCCUUCCUGUAAGGGUGAAGUAUUGCGAUACCUGUAUGCUGUAUCGUCCUCCUCGUUGCUCACAUUGUUCCAUCUGCAACAAUUGUGUUCAACGUUUUGAUCAUCACUGCCCUUGGGUUGGGCAAUGCAUUGGACUGAGGAACUACCGUUACUUCUUUAUGUUUGUUUCUUCGGCAACUCUUCUAUGCAUCUAUGUGUUUUCAUUCUCAGCUUUUUACAUCAAGGUUCUGAUGGAUCAUAAUCAUGGGACGGUGUGGAAGGCAAUGAAGGAAUCCCCUGCAUCUGUUAUAUUAAUGGCAUAUUGUUUCAUCGCGCUGUGGUUUGUUGGUGGACUAACUGGCUUUCAUUUGUACCUUAUUGGUACAAACCAGACCACCUAUGAAAACUUCCGAUACAGAGCAGAUAGCAGGAUGAAUGUUUACAAUCGGGGGUGUAUAAAUAAUUUUCGCGAAGUCUUUUGUACAAAAGUGCAGCCUUCGAAAAACAACUUCCGAGCUUUUGUUCAAGAAGAGGUACAGAGGCCACCUCCUCAUGUUGCUACCCAGGAACCAGAAUCAGAUACGAGAGGAGAUCAUCGUUCUAAGGUUGAAGAUGAUCUAGACAUCGGUGAAGACCUAUUGAAGAUAUCUCAGCGCCGGAAUAUUGAAGGAUUUGAUGAAGAAAUUCGGAGUAGAGGGAGCAAUGGACCUUACCAUAAUACUUCUGAAGGUGAUUCGGUUUUGGGCUCAGAUCGUCGAGCUCCAACAGUUCGAUCCGACGAAAGGCACUCAAGUCGGAGAAGAAGUGAAAGCUGGGAAAUUGCGCCCGAUGUACUUGCCAAUUCAAAUGUAACUGAAACUAGAAGCUAUGUUUCUUCGCGUCAAUGA